AUGGGUGAAAAGAAUGGAACAGUGGUGGCAGGUGGUAAUGGAGAAGGUAAUCGUCGUGAUCAGCUCGAUUAUCCUUUUUCCAUCGUCGUCGAUCAAGAUCAUUCAGUGUACGUAUCGGACUGGAACAAUCAUCGUGUAAUGAAAUGGAUGAAAGGUGCGAAAGAAGGCAUUAUUGUGGCUGGUGGUAACGGUAAAGGGGAUGCUCUAACACAAUUGCAUUAUCCAAAUGGACUAUUCGUCGAUCGAUUGAACACUGUCUAUGUGGUUGACUCGAAGAAUCAUCGAAUAAUGCGUUGGCCGCAAGGAGCCACAAGCGGAAGUAUUAUCGUUGAUGGAAACUACAGAGGCGAUCAAGGGAACGAGCUUGAUUAUCUCAAAGGUUUAUCAUUCGAUCGACACGGCAAUCUCUAUGUCGCCGAUUUUUGGCGUCAUCGAGUGCAAAAAUUUUCAAUCGAAUUGUCGUCUCACAAUUAA